AUGAUCAAAAUUGUAGAAAGUAAAGAAAUUAUAAAAAAUUUGAUCAAUCUAAUUUGGAAAGCAACUGAAAAAAAAGUUGUCACUGUUACUUUCAAUAGCCAGUUAUGCUUAGCAACCAUCUCCUUAGAUAAUGGAAUUAAUAUUACUCUAAAUUUGGAAGUACUAAAAGUGGUUCUUAUUAAAGAAGACAUUUUUAGCAAGAUAAUAAAUAAACAUGCUGGUUUUAUGAUUAAUGAUGGUAAUCGAGAUAAUGAAUCAUUCUCACAAGUUGAUGAAAAUGAUAAAUUAAAUUCAAAUUAUGAAGUUACUAAAGGAAUUGGAGAAAAUAUUAGUGGCGAUGACAGUAGUAAUGAUGAUUCGCCGAGAUGGUUAGAAUGUGAAGAAUGCUAUAGACCUAAAAAAGAAUUUUGUGAUCUUUGUGGUUGUUCUGUAUGCAAAUGGAAAGCUAUUUUCAAAAAGGCAUCACUUCAUCACAGUCCCGAAGUAAACAAUGAUAUUAUUAAGUCAAUAAAUGAUUAUGAAGACGAUAUAAAAGAAAAAGAACAAAUGCGAUAUUCUUCAUCUAAAACUGAACUGAUAUAUGAAUCAACAUCAUUGUGCACAAAGGUUUUAAGCAAAGAGCAGCAAAUAAGUGAAUAUGUAGAUUUAUUGAAAGAAGCAAGAAGAGAAAUAACAGAGAAUUUUCCAUCUCAUCAAGAAAAAAUAUUUGAAAUGUUUUCUCAGUAUAUCAACAAAUAUUUUAAAGAUUCCUUGGAAGCAUCAUUGGAGCCUAAACAGUUCCCAAAGAUAAUAGAAGAUAAUCAAGGCUGCACCAAAUACUUAGCAAUUUGGGAUUCACAUUUCAAUAAUUGCAAAGGAUUAAUCGAAAUUCAAGAUUAUAAAAUGUUAAAAUUAGUUUAUUCAUUGACUGACGUAUUUUUCAUUAUGCUAUCAGGAACAGUUAAACGACACAUCAUUG